AUUUUUAGGCUAUCUUUCACAACUGUGAAGAAGAAGUGUGCAAAGUGAGCUUAUUAGCAUGUACACUAGAAGAAAAAAUAGAUGUUGGAGAAUACUUGAUUGAUCAUGGGGUGGCUGUUCUAUCUGAAUUAAAAAAUAAAAAGAUAUAUAAAGAACUUGACUGUGGGUUGGAUCCUUUGAAUUUUGAGAUGCCCCUUAGACAAAAAAUAAUAAAUUCCAGGAGGCUUUUGUGUGAACUUCCUCAAAAGAAGAGUCGAAUAUUGGUUCAGGAUGUCAGUUCUGCUCAACAUAAGUAUCUGGAAGUGAAGUACCUAGCAGUCUUGUAUCCACUUGGCUACAUUCAUCUACAGUUGACCUCUCUCAAUUCUUCUUUUAAGCAAUUGGAGAGUAAAUUGGAAGAAGUCAAAAACGAGAUACAAAUGGUUCAAAGGUUUGCACCAAAUUUUGGCGAAUUGUGUCUCCUGAAGACAAGGCAUACUCCACAUUAUGCUCGUGCCAAGAUUCUCAAGCUGGAGAAUGAUCAGGCGGAGGUGCUUCUUGUGGACCAUGGAGGCAUAAUGAAAGCUUCGAUAUCCUGUCUCUAUCCUCUUCCUAACACACUGCAAGACUUGAGGCAUCUUGGCAUGGUGGUGUGCUUGAUGGGUCUAGUUGCCCCUGGUGGUCACAAACACUGGCCAUCAACAUCUCUGGACUACAUCAAAGAACAGCUGACAAAUCACAGCAACUUGUACAUCUUUCGUAAAGGUUGUUCUUAUCAUGAUUGUGAACUGGAUUUGAACAUAUUGCCUGUGGAACUUGGGUGGAUGCAAGAGAUAGUUGAUGUACCUUUUGAAGCAAGUACUGUAUUUCACAUAUCUCUGAAUGAUCUUCUCACUGAAAGUGGUUUAGCACUUCCUGUAAGGGCUCUAAAUUCACCUUUACAGAAGAAGGAAAUAAAUCCCAAGAAUGACAAUCAUGAUUCUGUCGGUCCGGCUAAUGCAGAUUGUAUCUCAGUUAAAUAUGAGAAUGAACCAUGGACCCCACAGGAUGUCGAAAACUUCAUGAUGCACUUAACGCUUGAUAAGGACACCGCAUCUUACAGUAACUGUAACACCAACAACACUGACGUUAUCUGUUGGAUUCCCUGCCCACUGCCAGAAACCACUACCUUCAUGGCAACUCCUACCUAUGUAGAUGAUCAAGGAAUUAUUUAUCUUCAUCCAGUUGCCAAUAAACGAACACUAGAAUUGAUUCGUGAGAGCCAAACAAUGCAGUUUGAGGGUUCUAUCCCCACUGAUGAUGACUUGUGUUGGGCCCCUGGUGAUCCUGUUAUAGCUCAGUUUCACUUGGAUAAGAAGUGGUAUCGUGCAACUGUUAAUAAACUUAAUGAAAAUGGAGAAGUGGAAGUCCACUUUGUCGACUAUGGCAACACCGAGAAUGUCACACUACAAGAACUUCGUACAAACAUAAUAUACCCCCACCUUCCAAUCCAGUGCUACAAGUGUGCUCUGCAUAAUUUAUUUCCAAUAUCUGAGGAUGGCCAGUGGCAGGAAAAAACAUUGAAGUUCCUUCACAAAUCUGUAGUUGAAAAAGUGUGUCUUGUGACAGUUAUGGAAGAGCCAUGCUUAGGUGGAGUAUUGAAGAUUAACUUAGAGCUUGUAGAUGUUGGCAUAGAUGUGGCUUCAUUACUAGCUGACAAGUUGAAAAUAUGCUGGAGGGUCAUCCCUUGCACCACCAUAGAUGAGCAGUCCUCAGUAGAUGUGGUCAUUGAGAGUGACAGCUCUCUAGGUACAGUAUGUUCUCUAGCUGCCCUACCUACUGUCCCUCUGCCAAGCAGUCCAUCAGCCAUGUUCUGUGUGGAGGUGACAGCCAUCAGAGACCCAGCCCAUGUUUACAUUGUGCCUGUUGUCUAUCAUACCAUUCCUCAAGAUUAUCUAUUGGCAUUAUCUUCAUACUAUAGUGAAUAUGAUAGUUUUUUAAAAUAUGUCAACACCAAUAUCACUGAGUUCCCAGUCAUCAGCAACCUUGAAAUUGGUGAAAUAUACCUUGGGAAGUUCAUCACAGGACACUGGUAUCGCAUACAGGUGCAAAAGCUAAAUGCUACAACAGCGAUUGUUCUUUAUGUCGACUUUGGGAACUUGGAGACCAUUCCAAAAAACAAUAUUCGCUCGUGUCCGGCACAUGGCAAAAGUAUCGCAUCACGUGCAGUGGGUGUGAAACUCUAUGAGGUAAUGAGUCCACAAGGUCCAGAAGCAGGGUGGUCUGAAGCAGCCAUGGAAGGCAUGAUUGCUUGUUUAAUGGGCCCCAACACAAACAAAUUUUUUGCAUCCAUAAUGGAGCCUGGCAAUCCUCCACAAGUGCAGAUUUUCAAUAUGGAAGCAUCAGGUACUUGCACCUUAGCCUAUUUAGAAUUAGUUGAAAAAGGAAUAAUUUCUCUAACACAAACAAGGAAAGAGUAAUUGAUAUAUGUAAAGGUUGUCAGUAAUUCAUAAUAUUUCUGUGCCUAUAAUUAUUUCAUGAGGACACACAAGAAAUUGUGUUUAAAGAAAGACUAUUAAUUUUUUAUAAGACUAAAACAGUACAUUGCAGUUCUUCAUUUUACCAUAAUGUACCUAAUGUUUAUGUAAUAAAAUGUUCCUCUUCAGGAAGUGGCAGAUACUGUUGAGUGCAUUUUUGCUUGGCAGUCCUGUGCUAUGUAAAUUAUUUUAGCUUUCAGUAGUUCAAAACCCAUUAGCUGGGAUUAAGUAAAAUUUUUGGAGUUAAAUGUAUGACUAUUUCAAGCUCCCAUCAGUACAUUUUGCAUUGACUUAGAUAAUAUGUUUUGAUGAUUAUCAACAGGACAUAGACAAAAAUAUAUUCACUGUACCUCAGAUAUAGUGUAGCCAAGUUGCAGCUAUACUAGAAAAGAAGAAGAAUUUGAAAUUUUAAUUUACUUACUUUUGAUGAUGAUGAGUAAAUUUUGUUUUAUAGAUUAUUGAAAUUGGCAUAUUGAUGUAAUAAAAAUCAAACCCAUUCUAUUUAAUUCUUUCACUCGUUAUCCGUAUUCACUCUUACCAAAUACUACGGAUUG